AAUCUUAAAAAAAGGAAGGGUUCGAAUAGCAUCUACUAAUAUCACCGAAAACAUUGUGAAAAUACUUCUACGAUGGUUCUUGAAGGAGCAUUUUGACUUAGGUAAUGAAUACCUCGAGUCUAAUAGCAUCCUCCUAGGUGAAGGCUUGUUCAAGCCCAUGAGCACUAACAAUCACCCCAACCAGCCUAGAACAAGGUUACACCUUGGCUAAUGUAGAUUGGUGAUGAAGAAUCACCACCAAGUACUGCGUACUUUCGGAAGUUCAAGCCAGAGUACACCUGUUCUGUACACCACCCCACCAAGAGGUGAGGAGGGACAAAGGAAGAUCAAGAAACUCUGUACCCUGACAGCUAACCUACAACAGAGCAAACACUUAAAGCGAGCCUCUCUCAAGGCCCGCAAAAGAUGUUGCCUGUGGGAAGCGGUCAAGACAACACAAAGUGUUGGCUGCCAACCACUCAAUUAAAAGGUUGGUCUGGUUGGAUACACCAUCUGAUGAUGCUCAAACCAAUACCUGCAUCAACCGGUCAUAAGACCAGUACCAGCACCGAUAAUUGAGAUGGCUACCAAUGGCGAGUACACGAUUCCUGUCUUCACUCUUCACACUCUACCUAAGGAACAGUUCCCAACAAACACAUAGUGAAGGAAGACUAAUUCCAGGGCAGAGUCCAACUCAUCCCUUGGUGAAGGGGAAUUGUUGGAAGGUUGAAGAUGUACUUGGGAGGAAGGUCUUCAUCUACAAUUUAUCAUGACCAACCCCACCGUCAUACAUACUAAAACAACCUUGUAGAAGAGAUACCACAUGGUUCCUAAAAGAACAGGUAAGCACCAAUAAGGGAAUUCCUAUUGUGAAAAUACACUUUUGAGUUUUAUUGAAAACGUUAGGAAACGGAAAGUCAAAAAUCUUUCUUGGUUUCAACCCUGCUCCUGGUCUUCGAACUAGUCAUUAAUGGUCGGCAACAUGGGUACCCUUUUUCGGUAUGCGUUGCGAACACUUUCAUUUUUAGCCUCUCAUCUUCUCUGGAGAAGCUCAAAUCGAACGGAUAGAGCAGAUGGUCCAACUACAGAACUUCUUCUUUUUCAUUACUUCCAUGGUCGUGCCUCGUGGCACGGCAGCACCCGUACUAUUGAAAUGGUUCGUCAGUAGAGAUGUUCCCACUGGUGCCUCUUCUUCCAAUGGUACUAUAAUUCCUAUUCCUAUCUCUUCAUUCCCUUUUGUGGUCUAUCUACAUUCCAGGAAAUUCAUACGCUCCAUGGACAGAGCAAAAAGUGGAGUGUUGGUCAAAGCAAGCCGCCCUAUUCUAUUACCAGACAAAAUAGGGAGAAGCUCAUCCGCUAGAAAUGCUUUAUUUCGUUUCGUUCCCCUUCUUCAUUUCCUUCUUAUCGAAUCCAUGGGGGACUUGUCAUAUUUAGAAUCUUUCUGCGGUCUGCUCUGUUUACAAUUCUUUCGUACUCUCUUCUCUUUACCACGCGAUAGGUCAGCGAAGCGUGAGCGGGCGCGGAGAAGGAAAGGCCAAACACUUCGGCCUAACGGGAAUGAUCAAGGACGAAAUGACAAGAUGAGGUGCCCCGGGCACCCCCAUAUAGAAAGAAGGGUCGAAGGUUUUGGGCCUGUAGCUUUCCCCGUCCCCCCCUCGUCGAGUGGUCCUUGUUUUGGGGGUGUGCCACCUGAAAUCGGGCUUGAAGCUCUCGCCUUACCAAUGAGCCGACUGCUGAUGGCUGUUGGUCACGACUACUACAAAAAAGUGAAGAUGAAUCUUCCUAUUUCACAUGGAGGAGUGUGCAUCUUUAUGUUGGGUGUUCUUCUGUCGUGCGACCCGGUGGCUUAUGUGCGACCUGUGGCCCACGCCUCCUAUUUGUUCAGGGCGGGCGGCGUGAACUCUGAUUCGAUCCGGGUAUUCAAUCCCGCCGCUGAGAUGCUCAGUUGACUCCUUAACCUUGAUAGGAAGAUGGCUUAUU